UUACACUUUUCACACAUGCCAAUGUAAAACUUUGAGGAUAUAUAUCUUUAGUUUUGUAUUUGUAAAAAUUAUAAAAAGUACAUAUUAAUAAAAUACAUACUAAGACGAAUCUAACAAGAUCCCACAUGACUAUGUUUUUAUUCACGUAUAAAUCACAAACGAGGGUCAAAGUGCAAUUUAUGAAUAGUGUAAAAUGUCAAAGUGUGUAGAUUAAUAUGAAACGGAGGGAGUAUUAAACUACUAUAACCCUAAAGCUUCCCGCGCAAGCCAGUAACUUCCAUCAACCCCAACUCUCCUCCCCACUCUCUCUCUCCCUCUUCAACUUCUCUCUCUAUUUCCUUGUUUUUUUUUCUCUCUAUAUAUCAAAAUCAUUUCCUUAAUCAACUCCAAUGGUUAAACGAGAGCCAUUAAUUACACUAAACGAAAAUAUGGCCGUCAAUCAAACAGAAUUCCGGUCCACAAAAACCGAGUCAGUUAACAGAAAUAAUUACAUGAACCGGACCGAUCAUAUUCAAGAACCACCACCAAAGCGUCGCCGGUCCACUCGACCUCGCGGAAAUGGCGAAGAAUGGGUUCAACAAUCACCAGCGGACCGGAGUAUUAUCCGGUCUCAUUACCUUGUUGUCAAGAAUAUCAUCAAUGGGGAGAAAGAAGAAAUUUGCAAAGGUGAUUCUUCUAGGUUCCAGAAGAUUUUAGGAGAAGUUGACAAGUUGCACGAACUUGUUACAAAUCCAAGAGAGCAAAUAACAGAUGCUGAGACACUGCUAGACAUGGCCAACACUUUGGUUACCACAGUGAGGUCAUAUUCCAAAGAUGGGUUUACCCCUUCUGAUUUUAUAAGCUCUUUGAUUCGCGAAUUUGCAGCUGCUGGUAGACAGGGCGUUGAAAAUGACCGUGUUUCAAUCAAAUGGGACGCCAUUGGUGUUCUUGUUUGCCCCAUUUUCAAGAAAGGUCUAGGCUGUCCUACCAUGAAUGGACCGAUGAAUACUCAGGUGAAGCAAAGAAAGUUUGCUGUUCGUAAGAGGCGAACGAGGCUGACUGGUUCUGCUGCUAAGCCUGAACAGCUUGAGAACUCCGGCUCAGAUCAGAAAAAAGACACAGAUAAGAACAUGGCAACCAUGUUUAACAUCUUGAGGAGCAAAAGGAGAGUCAGCCUUGAAAACUUAAUUCUGAACAGGUUUUCAUUUGCACAGACAGUUGAAAAUCUGUUUGCUUUGUCUUUCCUUGUGAAAGAUGGCCGCGCUGAGAUAGCUGUUAACGACAAAGGGACUCAUCUUGUUUCACCUAAGAAUGCUCCUCUCUCGGAUUUGGUGGCUUCUGGUCAAGUCUUAUACCACCAUUUUGUCUUCAGAUUUGAUUUUAAGGACUGGAAGUUGAUGGUAGAUUCAGUGGCGUCGGGAGAAGAGCUAAUGCCUCAUAGAUAUCAAGUGAGCACCCCUCUGUCUCAGGCAGACGCAGUGCCCAAUCUAACUCCGGUCGCAAUACCCACUACACAAGUUGCAUAAGUUCAAAGUAGCAGAGGGGACCAAGUUAUAGAACUUCAGCAGCAUCAUGCUGAUGGUGGGUAGAUAUUUUUGUGCAGCAAAUAGCAACUAACAAACAUAGUUUUGGCCUUUUGGAGGCAUUUUUUGUGCAGUGGCUUGUGACAUAUAAUUAUGCCGAGUUCUAUUAGUUCUCCUAACAUUACGUACUUCCUAACAUAAUAACUGCAACAAAUCGGUAUUAUUUAUGAGAUGUAAUAUAUUUAUUUGUAGCAGUUAUUAUGUUACGGAACGGAGGAAGUAUAUUACAUCUAGUUUACUGUGUAAGUAGCUAAGUAUCCAUAAUGUGAACUGGAAUAUUAGUGUAAACGUCUAAUUUUCGGGAGCUAGUGAUUUCGAGCAAGAUUUUGUUGUGACAGUUUAAUGAAUCCAUGUUUACUUGAGCAAAAUUUACUUUGAUGUGGGUUUUA